AUGGAGGACUCAAAUCACAGACUAGGCCAGAAGAAAGUGGUAGCAGUGGUGGGUGGUGGUUUGGUGGGGGCCCUAAACGCCUGCUUCUUCGCCAAAAGAGGCUUUCAGGUGGAAGUGUUUGAGACGAGAGAAGAUAUUAGGAAUGCCAAAGUAGUAAAAGGCAGAAGCAUCAACUUGGCCUUGUCCCACAGAGGCCGGCAAGCCCUGAAACAUGUUGGAAUGGAGGAUAAGAUUGUUUCUAAGGGAAUCCCAAUGAAUGCGAGGAUGAUUCAUUCGCUGAGUGGGAAACAGUCUCCCAUCCCUUAUGGAAAGAAAGGCCAGUACAUCCUGUCGGUUGACCGAGCCAAUCUAAACAAAGAACUGUUAACAGAGGCAGAGAGGUAUCCAAACACAAAGUUGAACUUUGACCACAAACUGCAGGACUGGAGUGCUGCAACGGGACUCAUGACCUUCGCCAGGUCAGACGGAUCCAAGACGCAGGUUCAAGCGGACCUGAUCGUCGGUUGCGAUGGAGCGUUCUCUGCCGUUCGUAAGCAGUUCAUGCGCCGGAGCCGCUUCAACUACAGCCAGACGUACAUCCCUCAUGGGUACAUGGAGCUCACCAUACCUCCAAAAGACGGAGAGUUUGCUAUGAAACCAAAUUUCCUGCACAUCUGGCCAAGAAACACUUUCAUGAUGAUUGCACUUCCUAACCUGGACAAGACUUUUACCUGCACCCUCUUCAUGCCCUUUGAAGAUUUUGAGAAGAUCACCACAGGAGAUGAAGUCAUCGAGUUUUUCCAAAAAUACUUCCCUGAUUCAAUCCCUUUAAUCGGAGUUGACGCACUCAAGAGGGAUUAUUUCCGCCUGCCUGCGCAGGCCAUGGUGUCCGUUAAGUGCUCCCCAUAUCACAUUGGUGAUAAAUGUGUCCUCAUGGGGGACGCAGCCCACGCUGUGGUGCCUUUCUACGGCCAGGGGAUGAACGCUGGCUUUGAGGACUGCAUUGUCUUUGAUGAAAUAAUGAAUCAGUUCAAUGAAGAUCUCAGUGCAGUACUGCCUGAGUACACUAGGGUGCGAGUCCCAGACGACCAUGCAAUUGCAGACCUGGCCAUGUACAACUAUAUCGAAAUGCGAGCGCAUGUCAACUCCAAAUGGUUCAUUUUCAGGAAACAUGUGGAUAAUCUUCUUCACUUCCUCAUGCCAAAGACCAUUAUUCCACUUUACACCAUGGUCACUUUCACCAGGACUAGAUACCAUGUAGCUGUGGAGCGCUGGCUUUGGCAGAACAAAGUAAUAAACCGUGGCCUGCUGCUUGGAGCUGUGGGGGCUGUUUUCGGAGGUUCCUACCUGCUCAUUAAAAACCCUGCAAAUAUCAACAAGCUUGUUGUCUCUGCUGAGAAAAUCUGGAACAAGCUUGUAGCUCUCAAAGCCCCCCAGAGUGUUGGCACCCUCUCUCAGAUCUGACAGACAGGUGCAGCGACUGGAGUGUGAGACCAUGGGAAUGAACUGAGGGGCGUCCAAAUUUAAUUAGACUUUCAUUAAAUUGCCUGGUUCCCCACCAACAGUGCCAGGAAAUUUUGUUUUCUGUCAUAUUGACUGACUCACCAUGAAGCAGAGAUAGCUAAUGUAUAACAUACGGUUUAAGAGUGACUAUAGAUGUGAUUAAGUAGAUUUUUCAAUUAAAAGAUGAACUCGCAUUUCAUGAACAUUUUUAUUAAAUGCUGUUUCCUUUUGUUCCUAAACAUCAUGUUUAAAAUGCUCUAUGACCCAUAACAUUUGGCAUUUGUUUUCCACAUUAAAGUCCCUAAAAAUUGUUGUGAAUUUGUAUUAUGUUUAUUAUUAAUUGGUCUAGAACACAAU